AUGAUGUUUUCCAAUGAUGGUUUUUUAAUUGAUCAAUCAUCAAAUAAAAAUCCUAGUCAAACACAUUUAUUUACAUCAUUUCCAAAUUCUGCAGUUGAUCUUGAUGAUGAUGAUGAGAAUGAUCGUUCUGUAGAAAAUAAAAUAAAUAAUAAUCCAUCUUAUGGAUAUAAUCCAUCGAAUGAACAACAUUUAUCUCUUCCAUUAUCAAUAACAACAAAUAAUAUAAAAAAUGAACAAUUACAUAUAUGGCAAAUUGAAUAUUAUCAAAAAUAUUUUCAAAUUGAUACACAACAAUUACUUGAACGUUUACUUGCUUCAAUGACACCACAACCAAAUAAAUCUUAUUUUAAUUCAACAAUUAAACAUAAUCCUGAUUUAUAUGGACCAUUUUGGGUAUGUAUUACAUUUAUUGUAACUGUAGCUAUUAGUGGAAAUAUUGUUACAUAUUUUCAUUUACCUGAUGCUGAUUUUCAAAUUGAUUUUUCAAAAAUUACUUUAUCAGCUAUUUUUAUCUAUCUUUAUUGGUGGUUAAUGCCAACAUUUAUUUAUUUUUUCUUUCGUUAUUAUAUUAAAUUUUCAAUUUUAUGGAUAAUACCAAUAAUAUGGUUACAAUGGUUAUUAACAAUAAUAGCAUCAUUAAUAAGUGGAAGUGUUUUAAUUGUUACAUUUUGGCCAACAGUUAAUUAUGGACGAAAACAUUUUAGUGCAUUAUCAAUGUUAGUUAUUCUUUUUAUUCAUCUAUUAAUGGCUAUUUGUAUUAUGCUUGUAUUUUUUCAUAUAUCAGAUAAAAAUAUUAAUAUGAAAAAUGAAACAAUUAUUUUAACAACUAUAAUAUCAUCAACAAAGAGUAAUGUUUAA